AAGGCACCGCCUGGGAUGCCAUCGGCCCACCAAACCCUCGCAGUUUCGUUCCGUCAAUCUCAAAUCUUCCAAAAUCUGUCACAGUGUUCUUCAGCUUCGUUCCAUAGUGUCUCUCGAACUCGAACCCUAGCAAUUGCUCUUCGCAUGUUCGCCAUGCUUCCUUUCUCGUCGGCCCUCUCGGCCCAUAUUCGCUACUGUCUCCAGGGCUUGAACGAGUCGAACUCCGACGCUGUCUUUCAAGAGCUCUCUCAGUUUGCUGAAUAUGGAACUCAGGGAAGCAUAUUGCUCCUUCGAACCUGCUUGGAUCACCUGAAUAUUCAUGGGAAGGACACACAGAACAUGCAAUUGGAACCCAUAUUUGGUUUAAUUUUCAAACAUCUCUUGGAUAAACCUAAUUUCUGUACAGUGCUUUGUGAGUCAUUAAGAAGUGAAGUGAUCAACGAAGAUUUCCUUGAAAAUAUUUCUAAUGCUUUACGCUUCUCAGCAUCUGAGAAAAUAGGAAUUGGUCUUGCCUUGUCUGAUUCAGAUGAUCCUGAAAUCAGAAUGUGUGGGAAAAACUUCUGCAUGGCUCAGAUUGGGAAACUAUUUGCUAGUCAUAAGAGUGUUGACUCUGCUGAGCAAAUUCAUAAUAUUUUUAUGUUUAUUCAUCAAUCCGAGGGCCUUUCCCAGCAUGUAGAUUCGUUUAUGGAGAUGCUAUCUUUAGUGCAAUUGAAAGAGAGUGACCAAUUUAUUUUAGCUCCAUUGCUUUCAGAUGAACUAUGUGAAACAACCUUCUUGAGGUGGAACAUGGAUUUUUUUGAUGAAGGCAAUGAGCAUGAUUUUGGUGCUGUUCUAGCAGAAAUGGAGAAGGAAAUGAGCAUAGCUGAUAUAAUUAAGGAAUUGGGUUAUGGGUGCACAAGUAGUGUUUCCCAGUGCAAAGAAAUGUUGUCUCUUUUCUUACCGCUGACUGAAAUCACUAUUUCUAGGAUACUGGGCACUGUGGCUCGCACCCACAUGGGACUUGAGGACAAUCAUAAUGCCUUCUCAACUUUUUGUUCUGCCCUUGGCACUGGAAAUUUGGCUGAUCUACCAUUGUUGAGUUCAUGGAAUAUCGAUGUCCUUAUUGAUUCAAUUGAGCAGCUUGCUCCUGGAACCAACUGGACAUGUGUUAUUGAAAACCUUGAUCAUGAGGGAUUCAACCUACCUAAUGAAGCAGCUUUUUUAUUCUUGAUGUCAGUAUUUAGACAUGCUUGCCAGGAUCCAUUCCCACUCCAUGCCAUUUGUGGGUCUGUUUGGAAAAAUUCUGAGGGCCAGCUAUCUUUCCUUAAGCAUGCUGUUUCAGUACCACCUGAAGUGUUUACCUUCGCACAUUCAGGGAGGCAACUGGCAUAUGCGGAUUCUGUGCAUGGUCAUAAAUUUCAAGUUGGACAACCAAACCAUGCGUGGUUAUGUCUUGACCUUUUGGAGGUGUUGUGUAUGCUGGCUGAGAGAGGUCAUGCAAGUGCUGUUCGGUCAAUUCUUAAGCAUCCUCUCGAGCAGCACCCUGAAGUCUUGCUUCUUGGGAUGGCCCAUGUCAAUACUGCUUAUAACCUUAUCCAGCAUGAAGUGUGUUUGACUGUUUUCCCCGUGAUACUUAAAAGUAACAUGGAGAGUGGUAUGAUUCUUCAUCUCUGGCAUGUGAACCCCAAUCUUUUGCUUAGGGCAAUUUUGGAUGCUUACAACAGUGAUCCAGACAAUAUCAAUAGAGUUUUGGAUGUCUGCCAGGAGAUAAAGAUACUCUCCCUAGUACUGGAUAUGGUUCCUUCACAUUUUGGUAUUAGACUGGCUGCACUUGCUUCUCGGAAAGAAUUUGUAGAUCUGGAGAAGUGGUUGAGCUCUAAUUUGAGUAUUUAUAAAGAUAUUUUCUUUGAGGAGUGCCUCAAAUUCCUGAAGGAGAUUCAGUAUGGCAGAUCUCAGGAAGUUUCUGCUGAUCAUUUCAGCAAUUCUUCCACUCUUCAGAACCUUUAUUCAGAUACAAGUCCUACAUUCUUGAAGGUCCUUCAAGCACAUGCUGACUUGAUUAUCUCUAGCCAGCUUUCAGAGGAAAUGGAGAAGUUGCAUGUAACAUUAAUGCAUACUACUUCAAGAAUGAAUACUUCUGGGCCUACUGACUCAUUGCCUUCUGAUGGUUACAUGGAUGACAUUGAGGCAGAAGCAAACUCUUACUUCCAUAAAAUGUUUGAUGGUAUACUACCAAUUGAGACAAUGAUUCAAAUGCUUGCUCGAUUCAGAGAAUCUCCUGAGAAAAGGGAACAAUCAAUGUUUGAUUGCAUGAUUGGCAAUCUUUUUGAAGAAUACAAAUUUUUUCCCAAGUACCCUGAGAGGCAGCUCAAAAUUGCAGCGGUUCUGUUUGGCUCUCUGAUCAAGCAUCAGCUUGUCACUCAUCUCACACUUGGUAUUGCCCUUCGAGGUGUUUUGGAUGCCUUGCGUAAACCUGCAGAUUCCAAAAUGUUUGUUUUUGGGACGAAGGCUCUGGAACAGU